GAGCGCCGGAGAGGGGCGCGAUCGCGACUAUAACUCCCCGCCGCUGCCAGGAGCCGAGAAGCGAAAAGAGGCGCUCUGGGAGCUGCGGACUUGCGCGGAAGAGACUCGCCAGCUUUUUCUUACACGCCCCCCCCAACUGCCAAGAAGUCCUGCCAGGAGCAGGAGCAGGAACAGGGAGAGCGAGGAGAGGCGGCCGAAGUUGCCCCACUUGUUGUGUGUGUCUCUCUCAAGUGAGCCUCCUCUUCUUCCGCCCUUUGCUUUCCGUGGAGUUGCCCAACUCCGGAGCAAGGAGCCUCCAGCAGCAGCAGCAUGGCUGGGUGGGUGCUGAGUCUGUUGGCACUGCUGGGCAGCUGGAGCCUGAGCGACUUGGUGGCGGAAGCCUGCACCUGCGUCCCCAUCCACCCCCAAGAUGCGUUCUGCAAUUCGGACAUUGUUAUCCGAGCCAAAGUAGUGGGCAAGAAGCUUAUGAAGGAUGGACCUUUUGGAACAAUGCGAUAUACUGUCAAACAAAUGAAGAUGUACAGAGGUUUUGAAAAGAUGCCGCAUGUUCAGUACAUCUACACAGAGGCCUCUGAAAGUCUUUGUGGGGUCAAGCUUGAAGUCAACAAAUACCAGUACAUGAUUACAGGUCGAGUCUAUGAUGGAAAGGUUUACACUGGGUUGUGCAACUUAAAUGAGAAGUGGGAUCAACUGACCCUAGCCCAACGCAAAGGACUGAACCAUCGUUAUAACCAAGGCUGCGGUUGCAAGAUUAAGCCGUGCUACUACCUUCCCUGUUUUGUGACCUCCAAGAAUGAGUGCCUGUGGACGGACAUGCUCUCCAACUUCGGCCUUUCAGGGUCCCAGUCAAAGUAUUUUGCCUGCAUCCAGCAGAAGGAAGGUUAUUGCAGCUGGUACAGAGCGUGGGCACCUCCUGAUAAGACCAUCAUCAAUGCUACAGACCCCUGAACACCCAACCCUCUUUCUUGUUUCUUCUCUCCUAUGUGGCUGAGCGUUCUUUGGACACUAACUUGUAUCAGAUCAUGACGAAAACGAUGAUAUUAGUGCCUGUUUCUUGCGAAUUUUAGCACUUCAACCUUUUUUUUUAAAAAAAA